GCGUGUGUCUCAGUAAGCCUAGUUUGAUAUGGUAUGAUUUGUUUCCUCCAGCAGGACUCCUUAGAGACGCAUUCAAGCCCGCGUCUUCAUUUUGGUAACCUCAUCGAAUAACGCGUUGGAGAGCGCAGAAUGUGGAUAAAACAAGAAGUCCGUCAUGCGGUUGAAGGGGAAGUGAGGAAAACUCAAGUGUGAGGCUCAGAAUGUGGCGGGGACACCAAGGGGCAACUGGGCUGCAAGUUUCCUGAGCUUGGAGAUUAGCAGAGGAGGGCACAACAAGAGCGGAAAGUGUUUAUGCUGCGCCGCUCCUAUUCCGCACACUGCAUUAAUUGGCAGAGAGGCGCAAAAUCUAAUAUCUUAUUUGGCUUAAACUCAAACUAUAUUGAACUCGGUAAAAGAGGAUACAGCUUGACUUAGGACAAUCCCACCAUUUACAAAGAAAAGCCACUGGAUCCAAAUUAAUCUACAGCACUUUUUACAAAUUAUUCGGCUGCCCCCCUAUCCGAUCCUUUUCCCUUCAUUUUUGCAAUUCUGAUUCCCGAAGUGGCUCCGAAGUGGUGUUGCGGCUCCUCGUCCCCGGCGGAUCCGGAGAUUGGAGUCUCUGCACCGGGAGGAGGCGGACUCGGAGCUCCAGCCACACCGCAGGCUCCCAAGAGCGGCCGUGUUAAAAGGAUGGUGCGACUGGCGGCUGAACUGCUGCUGCUCCUGGGACUUCUUCUCCUUACCUUGCACAUCACGGUGCUGCGGAGCAGUCCGCUGCCCCAGGGAAAUGUAACUCUGAGUCUGGAUCAGGACACAGCACUUACAGAGAAUAAUAUAAAUGCAAAAAGCAGCUCCUCUGCACAACUGGCCCCUGAAGACCGGAGGUCUGGUCCAGAACACCGGCUGGCCCACAGGCCUGCUACGCUCCCAUGGGCACAAGGCAGCAACGUACGCAGGGACGGCCCUGGAGCUUUCCUCCUAGAUCUUCACAAUUUCCCUGACCUCUCUAAAGCCGAUAUCAAUGGACAGAAUCCCAACAUACAGGUGACGAUUGAAGUGGUGGAUGGACUGGAGGGCCAUGAGCCAGAAAAAGGCCUCCGUAAGGAAAGCAAACCCAACUGGGCUUCUCCUAACUGGAGAAACUGGUGGCCUUCAUCCUCUUCCUCUUCUACCACUCAUCAAACAGAGGAGCACAAUCGCUCAUACGGGAGCAACAGUGAGGAUAGCAACUUCCUCAGGCCGCCGGCAGACUGGGACAGGAGAGGAGGCACCGGGGGAGGAAGCAAAGCUCAAACUGAAUAUGACUAUAUGGAUGCGGAGGGGGACUGGAGUAACUGGACAGCGUGCAGUGUCACCUGUGGAAAUGGCAACCAGAAGAGAACCAGGUCAUGUGGUUAUGCCUGUACAGCCACCGAGUCCAGAACUUGUGAUAUGCCCAGCUGCCCAGGUAUUGAAGAUGCCUUCAAGACGGCAGCUACUGAAGUGAGCCUGUUAGCUGGAACAGAUGAGUUUAAUGCCACAGAGCUCUUUGGUGUUGACACAGACAGCUGUGAGCGAUGGAUGAACUGCAAGAGCGACUUCUUGAAGAAGUACAUGACCAAGGUGGCAAACGACCUCCCCAGCUGCCCUUGCUCUUACCCAACAGAGGUGGCGUACAGCACAGCGGACGUCCACGAUGCCCCCACGCGCCGAGAUUUCCGCUGGAAAGAUGCCAGCGGGCCAAAAGAGAAACUGGAGAUCUACAAGCCCACGGCCCGCUACUGCAUCCGCUCCAUGCUGACGCUGGAGUCCACCACGCUGGCAGCACAGCACUGCUGCUACGACGACGCCAUGAAGCUCAUCACUCGUGGCAAAGGGGCCGGCACGCCCAACCUUAUCAGCACAGAGUUCUCAGCCGACCUGCACUAUAAGGUGGACAUCCUGCCCUGGAUCAUCUGCAAAGGAGACUGGAGCCGCUACAACCAGGCCAGGCCGCCAAACAACGGUCAGAAGUGUCCCGACAACCCUCAGGACGAGGACUACUACAAACAGUUUGAAGAAGCGAGGGAAUUCUAGCCCGCUGUAGAGUGAAAGGGGGAAAAACACACUGCUUAAAUAUUCAGCUAAACCUCAAAAAUUGUGCUGAAAUCAUUUUUUAUUCUGUUUUAGGUCAAAUAACACAUGGACUUUUAGGCUCUGAGGAACAAGACUUGCUGCUCUUUUGAACCAAGCGGAAUAAAAAUCCAACAGUCAGAACGUUUACUUGCUCACAGGGAACUUUUCUUGACUUCACCAAAACCAGGCACAAAACAUUGCUUUUUUAUGUUUUGUAAAAUAUGCCUCUGAAAAAAUGAAUGAAAAAAUUUGCCAGUAAAAUGUGUCAGCUGAAGGGUGAACUGAGUUUAUAUGUUGCUAAAAGGGAAAAUUAUUAUUCUAGGAAUGUUCGUUUAGAUUGUGUCCAUGUUCGUCUCCAUAGAUUGUUUAUGUUUGGUGAAUCUGAGAGGCCUGUGGUAAUAGAAUAAUAAGAUCCUUCAGGAAUGUGUUGGGGUCUUUCGGGACAGAGAACAGGGUUAUCCAAUUUUCUUCCAUGUUGCCAUUCACAAUAUCCAGGUUCCCAUGUAAGCUUGUGAGUUUAUUUAGCAUGCACAUUUUUUUUUUUUUUCACCGUUAAUUUACAACUUUUUGUCUCUGAGGCAGAUCUUCAUUGUAAAAAGCCUGCAUUAUUUUUGUAAAGUAUUUAUUAAGUUGUAGUUGUGUCUGAGUUGGGUGUCUACGGCUGUGGUUUUCUGAUUCACAAACGGCUGAAUGCUGACUUGAGAUCCCUCUCUAGCGCACACUUCGCCAUCAAUGUGCGUAAAUGUGUCUCAAGUUAGGAUUGAACCGUAACAGAGCGCAAAGAAUGUGUGAAUUCAACUGUACGGAAAGAUUUGUGAUAUAAAUCUAUAAAUAAAUUUUUUUUAAAAGCCAA